GCGCACUGCUAGGCGCGGUGGGACCCCCCCCAGCCCGGCUUCGUGCCCCGGCUGCUGUCUCCUCCGCCGGACUUCCCGGCCCACUCCGCUGCCCACCCGGUCCAGGGCCCUCCGCGAUUCCCCUCGGCAGGGCUCCGCUCAGAAAGACUUUUGUUUGUUUCCUCCUCUGCCGUCUUUGUUGCUCUGCAAACCGGCCUCUCUGCAGCCCCUGACUCCUCCGGGAGUUGCAUCUUCCAGCCCGGCGAUCGCCGCGCACAGCCCCGCCAGGUCUCAACACCCCAUCUCCGUUCGCUCCGGGAAGCCGACCUUGACUUCAUUGAUGCACCCAUUCCAGUGGUGUAACGGGUGUUUCUGUGGCCUGGGACUGGUUAGUACCAACAAGUCCUGCUCAAUGCCACCUAUCAGUUUCCAAGACCUCCCUCUCAACAUCUACAUGGUCAUCUUCGGUACAGGCAUCUUUGUCUUCAUGCUCAGCCUCAUCUUCUGCUGCUACUUCAUCAGUAAACUCCGGAACCAGGCACAGAGCGAGCGAUAUGGCUACAAGGAGGUGGUGCUUAAAGGUGAUGCUAAGAAGUUGCAGCUCUAUGGGACCUGUGCAGUUUGUCUGGAAGACUUCAAGGGGAAGGAUGAGCUAGGCGUACUUCCAUGCCAACAUGCCUUUCACCGCAAGUGUCUGGUGAAGUGGCUCGAAGUGCGUUGUGUCUGCCCCAUGUGCAACAAGCCUAUCGCCGGCCCCACGGAGACCUCGCAGAGCCUCGGGAUCCUAUUGGAUGAACUGGUGUGAGCGCUCCUUGUACGUGGACACUGGAGCAGACUGCUCGCUCUGUGGGCACCCGGGGUUCCUCAACACAAUGAACAAGACUUUCUUGGGUGGUAACAUUCUUCUUCCACACUCAACUAAAGGCAAGGGUGACAGGGCCGGGCUUCUACCAGCAGUGCCGGACCAGUACCAGACUCUCCCAGGCUCUGCCUCCCAGAGCGCCUUUCCCUGUUACCCAGUCCCUGUGACCUCACCCAGCCAGACUACUCUAUCCUGGUACUCCACUAUCCACCUGCCUCAUCCUUACCCUGGGAAGGAGUCAACCCUGUGACUGUGAACAUGGGCACUUACUUCCCUUUGGAGAACAAGCGACUCUGGCCUUGAAAGGAUGAGGUGGCUCUGCCCCACCCACAUCCCCUCACAUCCUGCCAGAGCCUUGGGAUGGUUUAAAGGGAAGGAUGGAGAAAAGAUCAAGAAACCAAGGUGAAAAACUCAGCAUGAAAUAAAGGAAGUCAGGGACCUGCCUAGAAAAGGGAAAAGUCAAUGUUUACAUGGGAUGCAGGAAACAAAGGCCAGCCUUGUCCUGGCCCACUGCAGGGUGAUGGGACCAACCAUCCCCUGUUAAGAUCUGAGGUGCUAUCCAUUCUCUCCCUGACCCUGGUUAAUCUCAGAGCUUCCUAUUCCUCCUUAGUUUUUGAAGAGACCCCCACUCUAUGGGAAGGGACUUUUUCUAUCCUCAGCACAUUUCCAGGGGCUUUCUUUUGGAACGGACCCUGGGGUGGGGGUGUCUGGAGGUUACAGUAGUGCAGAUGUCUGCUUCCCCUCUGUAAAUAGUAUUCUUGUACUUCAUCAUCACCGUCUCAGGCUUUACACAUGCUGCCCCCCCCACCCGGGGAUGGAGUGGGGGGUGGAGUCUCCCCUUCCUCAGCCCAGUGGCUGAGAGUGGGCAAAGGUUAUGUAUUUAAAGAAAAUUAAAUUUAAUAACAUGUUUCUCUAAUCAAAUUUGGCUUGUGGUUGUGGCCUGUGCCAGGAGAGGCAACAGAGCUCUUCACCUGCUUCCCUCCUCCUUCCCAAGUCAGAGUGUACUUGACAUUUCUAAUCUUUAAAAAAAGAAAGAAAGAAAAGAACUGAGGACUGGGCAUGUAGCUCAGUUUCUAAUCCUUUUAAAAUAAUAAUAAUAGUAAUAAUUGAGAACUGGGCAUGUAGCUCAGUGAUGGUGUGCUUGGUUAGCAUGCUCAAGGACCUGGACCUGGGUUCAAUUUCCGGCAAUGAAAAAGACAAAGGAUUAACUGUUGAACACCAGUGUGAAAUAAGACCUGAUGAAGCCAGGAUCAAUCAUCAGAAGGUUCAGAAACACUUUAAAGUCAAUAUUUUCAAGUGUCAUUCACCAACUAAGACUUGGAACCUGUAGGAUUCUACCUUUAAAUUGACUGCUCAUGACCUUGCAACCUCAAAGGUCCACGUAGCUACCCAAUGCCCCAUCUCUUUACUAGUCCCUGACACCCUGACUGGCAUAUCAUAGCCUCUUACACUCCAUCUAGAAUUCUACAUGGUAGCAACUUAGGGCCCUGUGUGCAUCCUGAUCGUCUAGCUAUGUUCUCCAACUUUGCCUUGCCAGUUUCCCAAGGGUUGCUGCAUCACAGUGAGUGCGUACAGAAUGAGAUGAUGUUGGGAAUGCCCUUCCUAAGUAUAAAGUAGCUACACCCUGGUUGCCCAUGCUUGGUAGCACAGAUCAAUGCCAGUCAAGCAGGCAAUAUUCCUUGGGUGCUAAGAACAGAAAAGCCAUUUGCUGAGCCCAGUAUAGAGUUUUGAUACCGAAUGUACAGGAGCUAUCCAUCAGGUACCAGCCACCUAGAGUGGGUGUUGUGUCCUCUUACCCAGCCAUUGUCUUAUGGAGACUGGACAGUACCAAGGUAUACCUGGGUACCUGAAUAUGGGGUCCUCUGCAGGAAGAUGCCCUUAUUCUUCACAUUAAGUAGCCAUUGCUUGUGGUGCCAGCCUUAUGGGACCUGAUCUCUCCACUGAGUCACCAUAGCCUCUUCUAGCAAUGUUAGUGAGUAUUGAGAAAUAAGAUGUAUUUUCUCAGCCCAUUUCAGCCUCUCUUCCCAUCCUGCCACUGGUGGAGGCAUCGCUGGAAUAUGGUGGGGAAAGUGAUCAUGUUGGUUUUGCAUCUCCUGCCUCACCGUCUCUCCUUGCUGUCAGGAGAAUUUGUCAGUGUUAGCAUCCAGAUGAAAACGUUAGCAUAAUACAUGUUUCACAGGUUUUAAAUCA